AUGGGUACCUUUGUGUUUAAAUGGCCCCAUCCUGAAGCCAACGAAGUCUACGUCACCGGAACAUUUGAUGACUGGGGGCAGACCGAAAAGCUGAACAAAGUGGGCGCUACAUUUGAGAAAGAAGUUCAGCUUCCAGAUGCCAGCGUAAAGAUCUUAUACAAGUUCGUCGUCGAUGGAGACUGGGUCACAGACCCCACGGCCCCUCAAGAAGACGAUGGCCACCACAACAUCAACAAUAUCUUGAAGCCUGAAGAUAUCAAGAAGCACGGAACGCAUGCUGGUGAAAGAGUAGCUACAGGCGUAGCUGGAGCCGCAUUCCUGUCAAGCGCGCAUCCUGACAGCACCAGUACGAAACUCGCCGGACAAGUGCCGAAGGAAACAGGAAAGCCAGUACCCGCAGUUGAGGAGGACGUGAAGAUUUUGGCACCUGGUGCUUUCCCCGAGACACCAUCCAAUGAGCUUGAUUCGUUUUCUGUCAAUCCAAUCCCAGCGUCCUCGGGGCCAGGCAAUCCCGUCUCGAUACCGGCAGGCGAGAAAGUGCCAGACCAUGAGGAAGCCACUGGCAAUAAGGUUGACUCGAAGGUAACUACAUCGGAAGAGGACUAUGAGAAGGAUGCGAGCUCCGCCCUGCCGGAGGAAAAAUUAUUUAGCGUCAACCCGAUUCCACCGUCAUCAGGUGCUGGGAACCCAAUCUCACUACCAGCCGGUGAGAAGCCACCCCAGCACGAAGACAUCACCGGCAAUAAGGUUGACUCGAAGGUAACUACAUUGGAAGAGGACUACGAAAAGGAUGCGAGCUCCGCCCUGCCGGAGGAAAAAUUAUUUAGCGUCAACCCGAUUCCACCGUCAUCAGGUGCUGGGAACCCCAUCUCACUACCAGCCGGUGAGAAGCCACCCCAGCAUGAAGAAAUCACCGGCAAUACCGUUGAUUCUCAGGUAACGACCUCGAAGAACGAUUACGACAAGGAUGCAAGCUCUUCUUUCCCAGAAGAGAAGUCAUAUGGCAUCGACCCGAUCCCAGCAUCUGCGGGUAUUGGCAACCCUGUCUCCGUUCCAGCCGGAGAAUCGGUGCAGGAACAUAAGAGCCUUCUGCCGCAGUCCAUAUACGCAACCGCAACCACGUCAAAAGAAGACUACGACAAAGCAGGAAGCGCAGCAAUGCCGAUUGGAGGCACUGGUGAAGUCCCUGCUGAGGCCAACGAUUCUGCUUUUUCUGUCCCAGAGAAAAGCAAUGACAUGAUUCCGGAAUCAUCACUACCGAUGUCAGGUGGGGUAGAGGAUACACUUGGCACUGGUCCUUUGAUUCAAUCCUCUGGCCCUGGCACAACUACUGCUGCUCUAGCUGGACAAGUGCCGCUUGAGCCGAAGUCCAGGGCCGCAGUUGUUGAAGACGACAUAGCAUCAAGCACUGACGCUGGACCCUUCAUUCAGUCCGCCGGUCCUGAUACAACCACGGCUGCUCUAGCUGGACAAGUGCCGCUUGAGCCGAAGUCCAGGGCCGCAGUUGUUGAAGACGACAUUGCUGGUGCUGAUGCUUUUAUUCAGUCCUCUGGCCCAGGUACAACGACUGCCGCACUGGCCGCAGAAGUGCCUAUUGAACCAAAGUCCAAUGCCACUGUCAUUGACGACCCCACCCUUUCAGCUGCUGACACGGGUCCCUUUGUCCAAUCCUCUGGGCCAGGCACAACCGGUGCCGAACUAGCUGGUCAAGUGCCCCUUGAACCAAAAUCCAAAGCCACCGUUGUUGAUGACAAGACUAACAACCCUGGACCCUUUAUCCAAUCCUCUGGCCCAGGCACAACCGCUGCUGCACUAGCUGGCCAAGUGCCGCUCGAGCCAAGGUCCCAAACCACCGUUAUCGAAGAUGAAGCACCAUCGGCAACGGUAAGCGGUCCUGCUCCAGAUGUGCCAGAAGUUGUCAAAGAGUCAUUAUCGCAAGCCCACGAGUCACCCGAGGCGGCGGCAUCGGCGGAAGCAGUACGGGAGAAGAAAGAGGUCGAGAGUGAGCUUCUCCAAGAGGUGAAGUCUACCGAUGCUGCUGGUGUACCAGCACCCACGAUUACUGCCGCUACCUCUGCCACCGCUCCAUCAACCGCUCCGGUUGAUUCGAAGGCACUCGAACCGGUGAAGGAAGCCGAAAACGCAAACGGAAAGGAUCAAGCCCCGUCGCGAGAUAUCAGCCCCAUGGGUAGAGAUUCAGAUGCCGUAGCUCCCCAACCAUCAUCACCAAUAGUCACUACUGGUGUGGGUGAAUCGAAGACCAGCACUGUCAGCACGCCUCAGAAAACAACCACCCCAGCGUCGUCCGCAGCAUCGUCUCCAGCAGAUGCGAACGGGGCAAAAGACAAGAAGAAGAAAAGACUGAGUUUCUUUGGCAAACUGAGGGAUAAGCUCAAGAAUUGA